GGCAGCGUGGAAGGUGUUAAGAUUCUCUUUGUGGCCAGAUGGGUUUGUAUGGACAAGCUUGUCCAUCUGUAACUUCAUUAAGGAUGACAUCUGAACUGGAGAGCAGCCUAACAUCUAUGGACUGGUUACCACAGCUCACCAUGAGAGCAGCCAUCCAAAAAUCUGAUGCUACACAAAAUGCACAUGGAACGGCAAUUUCUAAGAAGAACGCACUCCUUGACCCAAACACAACGCUGGACCAGGAAGAAGUCCAACAGCACAAAGAUGGAAAACCUCCGUACAGUUACGCCAGCCUCAUCACGUUUGCAAUUAAUAGCUCACCCAAAAAGAAAAUGACUUUAAGUGAGAUUUACCAGUGGAUUUGUGAUAACUUCCCAUAUUAUAGAGAGGCUGGCAGUGGUUGGAAGAAUUCCAUACGACAUAAUUUGUCACUGAACAAAUGUUUCCUUAAAGUGCCUCGAUCCAAGGAUGAUCCCGGAAAGGGUUCUUACUGGGCAAUAGACACCAAUCCGAAGGAAGAUACACUGCCUACUCGGUCAAAGAAGAGGGCACGAUCUGUUGAACGGGCCUCAACUCCAUAUAGCAUAGAUUCAGAUUCUUUGGGAAUGGAGUGUAUUAUUUCGGGAAGUGCCUCUCCAACCCUGGCAAUCAACACUGUGACUAACAAAGUAACAUUGUACAACACUGAUCAGGAUGGUAGUGAUAGCCCUAGAAGCAGCCUUAACAACAGUCUAUCAGACCAGAGUUUGGCGUCUGUUAAUUUGAACAGUGUUGGAAGUGUCCAUAGUUACACACCGGUAACUAACCAUCCAGAACCAGUCUCUCAAUCAUUAACGCCUCAGCAGCAGCCACAGUACAACCUUCCAGAACGAGAUAAACAACUACUUUUCACAGAAUACAAUUUUGAAGAUCUCAGUGCCUCAUUUCGGAGUCUUUAUAAGUCAGUUUUUGAGCAGUCACUCAGUCAACAAGGUUUGAUGAGCAUCCCUUCUGAAUCUUCCCAGCAGUCCCACACUUCAUGUUCCUAUCAGCACUCUCCUAGCAGUACAGUGAGCUCUCACCCACACAGUAACCAAAGCAGCCUGCCCAACAGUCACAGUGGCCUCAAUGCCACAGGCAGUAAUUCGGUUGCACAGGUCUCGCUGUCCCACCCCCAAAUGCACACACAGCCCUCUCCACACACACCCCAUCGACCACAUGGUUUACCACAGCAUCCACAGCGCCCCCAGCACCCAGCGUCACACCCACAGCAACACAGCCAGCUCCAGCCACCUCACACCCAGCACCCCUCUCCCCAUCAGCACAUACAGCAUCAUCCAAACCAUCAGCAUCAGACGUUAGCACAUCAGCCACCCCCACCCCCACAGCAGGUAUCCUGUAAUUCUGGUGUUUCAAGCGAUUGGUAUGCAACACUCGAUAUGCUGAAGGAAAGCUGUCGAAUUGCCAGCAGUGUUAACUGGUCAGAUGUAGACCUUUCACAAUUCCAAGGUCUGAUGGAGAGUAUGAGGCAGGCGGAUCUCAAGAACUGGUCAUUAGAUCAGGUUCAGUUCGCUGAUCUCUGUUCCUCUCUGAAUCAGUUCUUCACACAGACUGGCCUUAUCCACUCACAGAGCAAUGUUCAGCAGAACGUCUGUCAUGGUGCCAUGCACCCAGCAAAGCCUUCCCAACACAUUGGGGCAGGAAAUUUGUACAUAGAUUCCAGGCAAAAUCUCCCUCCCUCAGUGAUGCCACCCCCUGGUUAUCCUCAUAUCCCACAGGCGCUCAGCACUCCAGGAACUACGAUGGCAGGCCAUCACGGAGCCAUGAACCAGCAGCACAUGAUGCCUUCCCAAGCCUUCCAGAUGCGGCGCUCUUUGCCUCCAGAUGAUAUACAGGAUGACUUUGAUUGGGAUUCAAUAGUGUAGGCUUCUUUCUGCAAGACAGCAGACUCCAGCAUCCUUUCUGUUUAGUGAAAGGAAGGAUUAAAGUCCAGUUGAGAGAACAAAGCGAUGUUACCAGUGCUAUCUAAAUUCAUUUUGAAGACAAUCAGAGAUUCUAGCUGGGUAACUUAACUGCUUUUAUCUGACCCAAGCAAGAACUACAUGUUUGUCUCCCACCAGUGCCCUCUGUAGCUCCUAAUUGUUGUGAUUUAGACAGCUUUUUGCAUAUUUGUGUCAGUUUGAUGUUAACCACAAGUGCCAGACUGAUUUUUCAGACAGAGCCUAUUUUGCUGCAAGCAGUUUAUAGAUACAUAUGUGUAAAUAUAUGUACAAACAUUACUGAAAGGCUUCAAGUUUUUUCUAAUUGGACUAUUGUGUCUUGACAAGAAAGUUACUGCCAGUUUUUAUUCCUUGUUAGGCCAUUUUCUGCAGGAUGCUUUCAGACAGUGUAGGGCGCUAAAAGGAAACUGGUCUUUCUAAAGCCCAGUUUUCUUUGUUUAAUCUUCAGAAAUAGGAGUAAUCAUGAAUUCCAGUGAGUAAGUCAAGGGAGUUGUAGAGUGUGUUGUACCUUGUCAGCUUUGAAAGCUCUGGAAUGUGUGGACUAAUUGAAGCUGGAUAUUGCUUGGCUCUUCAAACAAAUCACUGUCUCCAUAUUCAUUUAAGUAUUUAUUAUUCAAAAGUUAUUUUAAUAUUUAUUGCUACUUUCUGUGAAUGCAGUUCUUUUGGGUUCACUAAGGAGAAAUUUGUCUGAAAGCAUGGUUAUUUUUUUUUCCUCUGGAUAAAAGUUUACAGACAAAGACAAUCAGAAAUAUUUGUCAUUCUCUUUAUCACUCCUUUUACCAGGUGAGUAUGGUUCCUUCUUACUUAGCCUUCCUGCUGAUGGAGACUUAAUAGCUAUCUAGGCAUUUCCUGGAAUUUGAACCAGAGUCUGUUUAGGCAGCAGGGCACGGAGGCAGGGUUUAUUCAGCAGUGUCCUCUCUGUUUUAGGUAGUGCUGGAAGGGGCUAUAACUCCAGAGUCUACUUCAGUCUUGAGUGCUGUGACUUUGUGACUUGCUGUUGGCUCUGUGUAUGCCCGACAAAGGAACAUCUUGGAGCUUUUAUCAGUUGGUUUGUCUCAUGUCAUCACAGUUUGCAUGGGUUGAUUGUGUUGAUUUUAUAAUGAAAGUAGGAGAAAGGAGAUUCUCCUCCUUGCAGUGAAUAGAUUUCUAAUUGGUUCUUUAUGGGUGGAAGGGGAGGAAGAAUCUGUUUUAAUGAGGAAAUAGAUUCUGUCAAAUCAAGGAGAAAUAGCUGCUCACCAGUUGCUUGUUAGUGUCUGGGCUUAGCAGUGCUAAAUCAUGUUAACUAAGCCUCAGCAAGUCUGUGGUGGAGUGAGUGAGUGAGUGAGUGUGUGUGUGUGUGUGUGUGUGUGUGUGCGCGCGCGCGCGCGCGCGCGCGCGCGCACAUAUUAAUGGAGUGUUGCCUUGAACGAAUCACUGGGAAGAAAGGGGAGCUUUGUGCAUCUCUAUUUUUGUGUCCCACUUGGCAUGAAAAGGAAGCUCAGAUAAGUGAAAAUCAGAGGAUUCUCAAAUAGUAGCCAACAGGCCUCUCUCAGAAGGACCAGGUGAAAUGAGAUGGCUGUCUGCAGAGGAAAGCAUGGGAACAUUGGGUUCCCAGUAGUUUACUCAAGUCUCUGUUUUCUGGACAUCAAACAGCUGCUCCAUGACUAGGAUUGCUACUAGCAUUGUGCACUUUAAAUAUUUGGGUGUUGGAGUACUGCAGUCUCUGAAACAGAAUGGCUUGAGUAGGACCACUGAUCAUGAUUUUACAAAUUAUGUGAAGCUAAUUUCCCAUUUGGCUAUUAUUACUGAUUUGCAGUGAUUGACAUAUUUAUUAAUAUUUAAACUGACCAAGAAUGGCACUUGAGUCCAGACUCAUCACUCUUCUGUGGUCCUUGUUCCCCAGGGUUCAGAGCAGGCCCAGUGGGCUGUGGCCAGGCAGUGCCACCUGAUGGGUGCAGAGUCCCUCUAGUGGCCAUUUCUGUUGGUAAUUGAUGAUGCAGAGCAAGUUCUCUUGGGUUUAAAUUGACCAGAGAUUUUGGGGUAAAGACUAAUAAACAUACAUAAACAGAUGGGGUGCUCUGUCCAGGAGAAGAGUCCGACUGGCAUUUGUGGCAGUGUUUGAAAUGUAAAUGUAUUCUUGUGUGUUCCUGUAAAUAUUUAAUACAUGUCUCUCAGAUGUCCUUUGAAGUGGGAGGGGAUCGACCUUGGGAUAAUUUCAAAUGGAAUAGAGUAUUUUGAUAUGUUCAUCGAGAGGGUGAUGUGUACAUACCUAUAUUGUAUAUAUGUGGUGACAUGCAUUGGCUUUUGUGCAGAAACAACCUGCUCUCUGUGCUGCUGUUGGACAGUCAGUGUUUUAAUGUUUCUACAGUUUUCCUAUUGCACGAUUUCAUAUUCUGCCGAUGGUGAGUGGCACCCAUUCUUUGUAACCGUUUAGUGCUGUAAAGAAAUAUUCCAAGUGUCAUUAGGAUUGUCGCUGCCAGAACUGAUAUGCAUGGAUGGCACUUAAAAUAAAUAUAUUAUGAUAACUGUA